UCUUCCAGACUCUUGCCACUGUCCCAUCUCACUGCCAUCAUCACCCUGUCAAGAAACUCUGGAAAACACUCUGUGCGAGCUUUUUAAAUCCUCGGAUAAGGUGUGCGCUGACUCUGGUUGGGUGUUUGGAGAUGAAGCGCGUCCUCGCAGGUUACGCAGCGCUUAUAUUUAUUAUUCUCAUGCCCUUUCCUUUGACUGAUGGCACUCCGUCGAGGUAUAGUCUGUUCCAGGGCAGUCCUUAUUCCAGCUCUGCUUCGAGACAACGAAACAAAAACUGGUGUGCUUUUGUGGUGCAUAAGAACGUGACAUGCGCAGUGCUGGCAGCGAACGAGAACGUCAUGGAGCCGCAGCUCCUGCCCUGUCCUCCGCAUCAGCCCGACUGCACACAGCAGCUGAUGUAUCAUUCUCACAUGAGGCCUAUGUACAAAAUAGGCUACAAACAAGUGACUGAACUGGAAUGGAGGUGCUGUCCAGGAUAUCAAGGCCAUGACUGUACCGAGCUGAAAAAUACCCCACAGAGACCCAGUGUUGUUGAGGAACCACGUCGAGAUGUUCCCUCAACUCGCAACCAACAACAGAGCAUCUUGGGACCAGAAGAGUUCUCUCAGACUCAUCCAUGGUCUCAACCCGGGCAGAAAGGACAUCAUAGCCGUCAGCUGGGAGAUUAUGGAGAUCGUCAGUAUGAGAGUCAACGAGUUCAGGCAUUAGAAGAAGAAGUGGAGCGUCUUUCUCAGACUGUACUCGGCCUGCAAGCCAUGACUUCUGCGAAUGCGAACCUACGGCUAGAUUUACAGGAAGAUGUGACCAAAUAUGUCCUAAACAUGUUGGGGAAUUUGCAACAGCCACAGGAUGUCAAAGCGGGUGGAAUCGAGAGCAUUACGCUCCCAUAUGACCUCCGUUCAUCACCAGGCACUGAUGAACUCCAGAACCACAUUACCCAGCUCUCCAACACAAUCAGUACCAACACUAAUAACAUCCAAGAUCUGCAGAUGAGGAUCCAGAACAUAGAUGGACAGAUGCAUCGACUAAAAGACGCAAGCAGCACUGGACCCCUUCAGCCUUCCGCAACAGCUGCAACCAAUGAGUGUGCAUGUCAGGCAUACAUCGAUGAGAAGCUUUCAGCCCUACGUGACGAGCUUCUUCAAGGAAUGGACAUCAAAAUAGCAGACAUGAAGAAUGCAUGUGACUACAAGAUGCUGUCUGUGCAAGAACAGUGUGAGGAACAAGAAACCUCUUACUUGAGUCUAGCCGAGCUCCUUGACUCCAAAGAGACUGAACUCCGCAAAGAGAUCCAAGACUUGCGUCUCCAGCUUCCCAUUGGAAAAACCCAAGAGGUGGACAAUGCUGAGGUCCAGAAGCUCAAGGAGACCCAACAGAUACUCCAAGACGCGAUUAGGCAGCAAAAUGCCUCCAUUGCACAGAUAAAUGCACAAGGGCACGUUCUGGAGGCAAGGGUUAAUCUUGCGGAAAGGAGCGCAGAGGUACAUUGCCUCUAUCUUGAGGAGAAACUGAGAAGGGAAAGACUUAAGGAAGAGGAAGACCAAAGAAUAGCUUUCGAAGAGAAGAUCAGUGGUGUUCAAUGGGACAACAGCACUUCUCAGCUACUCUUUGGUCUUGAUCAGCGCCUGGAAGUCUUGGAGAAACAUACACAGCUCCUGGUUGGCCCUCUUAAGGAAGAUCUCAAUCAGACCAUGAGUUUUGAAACCCUCCUCCAACGGGUGGAAAAUCUAGAGGUGGAUUCUGGGCGAAGCCAAGAGCAAGUGAGGACAAUAAAUGGCUUGCUUGAUGGGCUUGAUGGACGCGUGGCUAGCAUUGAAGGCGUUUGUGGUCGAUUUGAGCCAAUGUCAGACAGUCUGAAACGGAUUAAAGAUGGAUUGAACAAACAUGUCAAUGGCUUGUGGACUUGCGUCCGUCAGCUGAACAGUACAGUGCUUGCACAUACAAGAGACCUUAACACAUUUAGAGCAAAUUCACAACUUUCAAAAGAUGGCCAGGAUGGGAUCACUGAUGUACCUACAGGUGUUCUUGAAGGUACAGCGGCUGUAAAAGUUUCCACGGAGGGAGGUCAACCACUCCCAUCGCUGGCGUCUGGGCAAGCAGCACCGCGAGUAACCAAAGUCUUGUCUCGCACCCCUCAGGGGAUCAAUGGGAGCAUGCCGUCCAUCACAGGCUAUGCAGGAGCACCAGGUUAUCCAGGGAUUCCAGCUGCGGCUAUCAGCCCUGACUCCGUUUCUGCACAGAUUCCACUGAGGACAGUACAAAUGGCCACAGGACAAGGGCGAAUGAUGACCUAUGUGUCAUUUUCGGCUGGUCUGACACUUGUGCCAUUCCCUGGAGAAAUUGGCAUCAUCCGAUUCAACAAUGUUCUGUUAAAUGAUGGAAGACACUAUGAUCCACAAACAGGUGUGUUCACUGUUCCCCUGGACGGACGGUACCUGCUCAGCGCUGUAUUAACCGCUCAAGCGGGAGAAAGAGUCGAAGCCUUUCUCUCAGUAGCCAAUCGCAACAUCCAGAAGCUUUCCACUGCUGCAACAGACGGCAGAGACACUCAGGACUGCGUCUGUGGAGGGACCGUCUCUGUAAGUCUCGCUCUUCAUCUGAAGCGGGGCCAGAGAACGGGACUGGUGCUCACUUCAGGGAAACUUGCGAUUUCAGCAUCCAGUGAAAUCCUGUCCUCGUUCAGCGGAGUUCUGCUUUACCCAACUGUAGGCACGCGAUAGCCCAGAGCCAAUGGCAAACAUUAAGAUAACUUUUUUCAUCCAAAAAUGACAAUUGUCAUCAUUUACUCAGCCUCAGGUUGUUUUAAACCUGUAUGAGUUUCUUUCUUCUGUUCAAAAACAAAACAGACAACAGAGGCCCUUGACUUCAACUGUAUGGGAAAUAAUACCUAGUGGCUAUCAUCAACUGUUUGGUUUCCAACAUUCUUCAAAAUAUCUUGUUUUGUGCUCAGCAGAAGAAAGAGCCUCAUACAGGUUUGGAACAAUUUGAGUAAAUGAUGCUAGAACUUUCAUUUUUGGUGAACUACAAGGUUACACUCCGAAAAAAGCUUUCACUGGAAUUGUACCUUCAAUUUUGUACCUUAUUUACUUGUAAAGGUGCAUAUUAUUACCCGAAGAGCACAUAUUAGUACCUAAAUGGUACAAAUGAAUAUUUUCUCAAAGUGUACUAUUUCACUGACAGAUUUUGUACCUUUUUUCUGAGAGUGUAGGGUUGACUUAAAUUCUUCUGAAUAAUGAGAUCCUUAAAUGGCUUUAAAGAUAAUUAAAAAAAAACACUUUACUCGAAGUCUUUAUGAAUAAUGCAUUAUAAAGCAUUAUAUGCUUUCAUAAAUAAUUUGUAAAAUAAAAUAAAUAAAAUGUGUCAUAUAUAUUAUGCAUAUAUAUUAUGCACAAAUUGCUUAAUAUUUGCAGAUUCCUUAUACUUGAAAUUGGUUGAUCAUCAUGCUAGUUUCUAAUGGUGUAAAAAUUAAGUAUUAAAGGGUUAGUUCACCUGAGAAUGAGAAUUUGUCCAUCAUCCACUCACCCUUGAAGCAUCCUAGGUAUAUGUGACUUUUCUCUUUCAGAAUAAUCCAAUGGAAGUUAUAUAAAAAUUGUCUCUUCCAAGCCUUUCAAUGGGGGUAAGCAAGUGUUUGUUGUCAACAGUACAGAAGAUCUGAAAUAAAGUGUGUGCAUCUGAAAUAAAACAUCCCUCACACGGCUCCGGGGGGAUUUUAAAGGUCCCGUUUUACACGCUUUUUUGAAGCUUUGAUUGUUUACAAUGAGCAAUAUAACGUGUUCAUGUUUCGCGUGUAAAAAAACAC